UGUGGCAAUACCGUGGAUUUUGCCUAGACUAGACACAGUUCAUGUCAGAAUUGACAAGAAUGUACUUUUUGUAGGUUAGGAGAAUUCACACAACAGGAUACGAUAAUCAAUGUCACAGGUUAGGAUAAUUAGGUCAAGGUUAGGAAAAGGGUAGGCUAAAAUAAAUCAAUUUUUGACGUAUAUUUGACAUAAACUGCAUCCCAUCUAGCGAUGAGCAAUACUGUGGCACUGAAACGGUCAGCUGCACAGAUCAGGAACAAGGAAGACACAUCGCUACUAGAUACCAUACAUCUUUGAAGCGUGCCUGUACUAUCGGCAGGGAACAGAUAGAAAGGUUGAACAAGUUACGGAUCUCACGCUGCUUCAGAACGCAAGCUUGGUCUCGAACAGUAAAGCUGGUGGCGCGAUCUGUCGCGAUGUUGUAAACCAUGGACAGCAGAAUAAACGAGAUUCCGGAAAGGACUUUUGAUUUGGUACUACAGAUUGCAUGCCCAACAUCUGAAAAUGAAGAUCCUGCCGUGCUGUGGAGCUUCCCCCAGGACUACACAGACCAGGAGUUUCUCCAGACGAUACCCAAGUUCUGCUUCCCCUUCGAUGUGGAGAGGGUUUCCCAGAGUCAGGUGGGCCAGAACUUUACCUUUGUGCUGACGGACAUCGAGAGCAAGCAGAGGUUUGGCUUCUGCAGACUCACUUCCGGCUGCCGUGUCUGCAUCUGUUUGCUCAGUUAUCUCCCCUGGUUUGAGAUCUACUACAAGUUCCUGAACACACUAGCAGAUUACCUAACCAAAAACCAGGAGAAUGAGCUGAAUGACAUGCUGAACUCACUGUACAGCCUGCCGGUGCCAAAGCCCUUCACCCCAGUCAACCUGAGUGUGACCGCGCUGUUGCAUAUAGCCACUGGGCAAGUACUGAGAGAUGCACCAAGCCGGCAGCCGCACUCCUACUUCAUAGCCCCAGAUAUCAACGGCUUGCCCACAAUCCCCGAGAGUAGGAACCUGACAGAGUAUUUUGUGGCGGUGGACGUCAACAAUAUGCUGCAUCUGUACGCCAGCAUGCUGCACGAAAGACGCAUCAUCAUUACCUCAAGCAAGCUUAGCACUUUAACUGCGUGUGUCCACGGCUCUGCUGCCAUGUUGUUCCCCAUGAACUGGCAACACAUUUACAUCCCUGUACUGCCUCCACAUCUACUGGACUACUGCUGUGCCCCCAUGCCAUACCUUGUGGGAGUUCAUCUCAGUCUGCUGGAGAGAGUGCGCAGCAGGUCUUUGGAGGAUGUAGUGAUUCUGAAUGUGGACACCAACACACUGGAGAGCCCCCAGGAUGACCUGCAGAACCUGCCCAGCGACGUGGUCCACUCUCUGAAGAGUAAGCUAAAGAAGCAGUCGACAUCAACAGGAAGCGGAGUAGCAAGGGCCUUCCUCCGGGCUCAGGCUGCUCUGUUUGGAUCCUACCGAGAUGCCCUCCGAUACAAACCUGGGGAACCAGUCACGUUCUGCGAGGAGAGCUUUGUGGCUCACCGCUCCAGCACCAUGAGAAACUUCUUGGAGAUGGCGGUGAACCUGCAGCUCUUCAAACAGUUUAUUGACGGCCGGCUGGCCAAGCUGAAUGCAGGCCGAGGCUUCACUGACCUGUUUGAAGAGGAGAUCAGUGAGGGAGGCUUCUGUGGAAGUAAUUCCAGAUCUUAUCAACAGUGGGUGCACACCGUCAAGAGAGGCGGCGUGCUGAUCAACACUGCAAUGACUAAGGCCAAGAGUCAUGCCAAGAGGGGCAUUCGCAGGCUCAAGCAAAGGGUGACCUAUGAAGAGGAGGAUAAUGGGCCAUUCUGCUCAGGGUCUCCCACCAGCACCAAGAGUCUGUCACCACGGAGACUGCAGAAGAGGAGACAUCAUUAUUAUGCAAAGUCUUCCAUGGGAUGUCCUGACUUUGCCAUCGAUGACGAUGAACUGGACACUGCCAGCAAGAUCUCGUCUGAGGACAGUGGGGAGAUGCCGUCCUACACUGAGGACAGUGACGACUCCUAUUCGUUGGAGCUAGACACAGACUCCUCCCACACAGGCCAGAUGAACCUAUUAGAGGAGAUCCUUGACUCUCUGAGCACCACCAGCACAGAGCAUGGAAAACUCAGCGCUGCCAAGAGCCUGGACUUCUUCAGAUCUAUGGACGACAUCGACUAUAAGUCUCCGAACAAGUCCAACCUCCACAGUGAGAGUAAUCUGCCCCAGAUGUGUACCAGUGGCAGCAGGGUGGGGGGAGUAGGUGGGGGAGGGGAACAGGGAGGAAGCUGGCAGGAUGACAGUGCCCUCCACGGGAAGCACCUGCCCCCCUCCCCUCGUAGACAGCCUAGCAAGAGCAGCCUCAAGAAGCCAAAGCAAAACCCUUUGACAGCCUCUCCACCGGCCACAGCUGCAGUCCCAGCCAAGGACAACAAGGUCCCCAAUCUCCUGCCCAAGAUCCAGGCCCUUCAGACCAAGACCCAGCCCCUUCAUGCCAAGCCCCCAAUCUGUCUCUCUAAGCCCCGUCCAGAGGAGCCUUCGCUCCCAACACCUCCAUCACCACACCUGGGAGACCAAAACCCCUCUUCCAGCCGCUCUCCUGCACCAACCCGUGCAUCCACACACAAUCCUCCACCGGCAACACACACCUCAACGCUGACUCGUGUUAGAGCCUCCACAGACCCCCAGCCUGAGUCUGAGACCAAACCCCAGACCACAUCCAGCAUCCUGUGUGGGAAUGUGCUGUCCAAGGAGACGGUGAGGCAGGACCAGGCCCUCCGGAGGCAGGGCAGUCAGGACAAAGAGAGGCAGGGUGUAAAGGCCGGGCAGCCCUCUGUGCCGGUCCCCUGGGAGAGAGGGAGGCCAGAGGAGGGGGGGCAGGGAUUGGACCAGGGCCUAGGGCUGGGGUUGGGGAAGGAACAGGGCAGGGUCUUUGGGGCAGAGGUCCAGGAGAAAGGCCUUCUAGAGGAAAUAGAGUCUAUGUGUCAUCUCAGCUCAGCCUUCCAGACCAGCCUACAGCUGUCCCAGGUCCAGUGCCACACCAACAACACACAUAAUAAUACCCACGCCAACAGCCACAGCAAAGCCACCGACAAGUCCUGAGACGGACAGGGACAGGGAAAGGGGUACUUGAGGUAGAAGUUUCCCUUAAGAAUCAGACUGCCCUCCCCAAAUCCUAACCUUAACCACUGAGUGGAAAAUGUUUAGGAAAAGAUCAGUGUGUUUAAAACAGAGAACAAAUGAAUUUUUCCUUCGAUCUGAAAGUAUUGUAAAAACACAAAGUAAACCCCCAUGACCUUGGUAACUCUUCCACUGUACAGUCUCCUAACACAAUGCCUUAAACCAGGGAUGGGCAACCGCGGGACACCUUUUGUAGGUCUGAGGACCAAUUUCACCAAAAAUAUACAACUUUUUUUUAGGAACUCAGUCGGGGUUUCAACUUGCUGUUAAGAGUUAGAAUAAUAGAGUACACAAGGUGCAAUUUCGAAAUGUAAUUGUGCAUCAGUAGUCACUCAAUUAGCCGAAGUCGGCAAUAUAUAUUUUUUUUAAAUGGUCAGUUAGUCUAGUGGCCAGCUGCCUAAACUUGUAGUAAGCAUGGUCGAAUUAUAUAUUAAAAACUGUUAACAUUUGCCUCCACCCUCUAUGGCAAAAUGUGUGUAAUUACAGGAAAUUAGCUGUAAAAUGUCUAAUUAUUCUCUGCCCCAUGGCAGAAUGAAUAGAAUUGCAUGAAAUUAGUUACAAAAUUGCUAAAUCUUCUCUCUACCCCUGGCAAAAUGUGUAGAAUUUCAGCAAACUUGCUUUAAAACAGCAACAUUUUCUCCACACCCUAUGGCAAAAUCUGCAGAAUUGCUGUUAAUUAAUUUUAGCCCCUCAUGAUGAGUUUUUUUUGUGGCCCCCACCCCUAUCAAAGUUGCCCAUCCCUGCCUAAAACUGAGGUGUGCUUUGCAUUUGGUACUGCUCAGUCUUAUAAAUGAAUACUGUAACUGUUCCUUUGGAAGCAGUUGACCUGCUUAGAUCUACUAUGUGGAACGCAGCCACAUAGUUUAAUAAGAUAGUUUAAUAUAUGUUGCACUCAGAGAGAAGCUCUAUUUAGUUUGAUUUCAGAGGCUUAUCUAUUUAGAGAUAUAUUUUUCUCAAGUGUUUGUUUCUCAGGAUACUCCUGUCUGUUAGGAAAGAAAGGCGAAAAGGACUUGUGUAAAUACAGCGGAUAUGAAUGAAUAGACAAGCCCAUCCAUGGCACCUAUCGCACCGUCUCUUGGUCGGUCUCUCUCUCUCUCCACCUCUCUCUCCAUCUCUCGCUUCCUGUCUCCAUCUCGCCACUCCUUCCCACUCGUGCUCGCUCUCCUCCAUUCACCCUUCCAUCCUCACCAUCUCCCACAAUCUCUGUAUAUCCUCCUACCCUCACACACUCUCCUCCUUUCUCUGAGGAUUUACCCCAGUGUUUUACCCAAAAGGCUCAGACUUUUCUGUUUCCAUCUACGCGGGCUGGCACCCGCGUCUCCAUGGGCUAUGGGUAGUUUUCAGCCUUCGUUUACAUAACAAUGGCUAACUGGGAACUUGGAACGCAUUGUCACAAAGCAACAGUCUUGAUGAUGCAGACGUUGUUGAUUCUGCCCCCCCCCCCCCCCCCCCCCCCACAAGUCUUUAGUGUCACACUCCCGAUGGAAAUAAUAUCACUAGAGCUUACACUGACAGCCCACUGGUAUGGGGGUAUGUCAUUGGUAAAACACCCAUGAGUGCUUUAGGAGGAGUGUGACUUCACCACUUGAAAUCUCUGCUAUGUGCACACACCCAACGAAAUGCGCUGUCCCAUACUCUGAUGCUACCGCACUGUGUUUGACUGGAAGGCUUGAGAUGAUUGUAGAAUAGUAAUAAAGCAAUACGGCUCUCCUCUGAGAAUGUGGACGGACGGCCAAAGAGAUUUUCACAAGAAUCUCCCAUGGAGAGAAUGCAAGCCCUUCUGGGUAAUAUCCAGAGAUGGUGGCCACUCACUAUCGUACCACUAUGGUACGUACAGACGAAAGAAAGUAUCUUCCAGUGCUUGUUUGUGGUUAUGUUGAUGAUGAGUUUAGCCUGUUUACGCUAGUGAUUUGUGUGGCAUGCCGUUGAGUGUGACAGUUUAACGGUAACUCUUGCCCCCCUGUCCUGAGCGUCGGGCUGUGGUGACGAUGAGAUCGUAAAGCGAGUUCUCCGUGGGUCUGGGAAGACCUCACUUCAGCUAUUCAUUUGGAUUUGAAAGGGCCCCGUGUACAAUUUAUGUUUGCCUAUGCUAUGUUUCAAUGUUGCUAUUUAUUUGGGCAGCUUUGAAGUUGGAGCACUGUCUAUGUACUAUGCAAACAAAACUUAUUUAAAGUUUCCAAAUUCCGAAUAGAAUUUGAGGUUACCACUAUAAAGAUCAGGUAAUUGAUAAUCAUAUUUGUGAAUCCAUAGAUCCUCUGGCCUUUUCUGAGUACCACUUAGUAUGCUCAACACAAGUCAUUAGGGAGAAAUCGAGUGGCUUUAAAGAGUCGUCCCAUCAACAUUUCAAUUGAUAUCGUCUGUAUAUGCAAAAGAGACCAAGAACCACUGGUCCAGUCAGUAGGGAGGCCCUGAGAAUAAGCCACGUCCUUAAAGAUGGAAUCCGAAUUGGGGGGGGAAACAGUGCCACUGGUUUCUGAACUGAGGAGCGUCGCGUAGCACUGUAAAACAAAUUGCGGUACAUAUUGUGCUCGUCUAUGGCACGUGCAAUGAUGUCAGAGGAGAAAAAAAAACUGUGUUUGCUGUUUACAGUAACUUAUUUGUUGUUGAAAUAUCGCAAACGGACAUGGUUGUUUUCACCAGUAUGGAUUCCAGCUUUAAAUGCAUGUUGGUCAGUUCUUUCACCUAUGAGAUCCACUAGAAAAUGCUUCAUUUCUGUUUAAUGCUUUCUAUUUCUGUUUUAAAAUGUUGUAAUGAGGCUUUACUCUGUGUGUUCUUUUUUUCCCAUCUGUGCUGAUAUUUCAAUGGUCUUUCAUACUGAACUCACUAUGGAGAAGGAUCUUGUUAUGCUUUGUUGUAGGUAGUUAUAUUUUAAGAUUUAUUAUAGAUGAAAGAUUGUAUUUUUUGUGUUUUAAGUAUAUUUUACAAGGAGAAUAUAUAACUGGUAUAAUAAUAUAUUGUAAAUGAUUCGUAGAACAAACAAGAUUUGAAUGUUGUUAUAUAAUUUUUGGGGGGUGGGGGAAAUAUUUUGUAUAAUUAUAAAAUGUGUUAUCUCAAACCAUUUGCCAUCCAGCCACUCACGUAUCAUGUUACAGCAUUUCUGAUUCCUGAGCUAGAUGACCGAAACGGCAUACCUAUGAAUUUAACUUCCUUUUUUUUUCAGUUUGUGUUGUGCAUGUACAGUAGAAUAUCCUAUUAUUCCAUUCCCCUGGUUCAAAAUAUCUGUGUAUUGGCCAUGUUCUGCUGAUCUUAUUUGGUUGUUAAAUGUGUUUUAAAGUUAAUCAGCUCAAGAUUUAACACAAAAAAAAAGGUAGUGUCAGGUACGGUAGUGUUGUUCAGUAUACACACUUUGUUUAGCCAACUUGAAAUAUUUUAUUAUUAGUUAUUUCAUCUACUACACGACUACUGUAUCAACUGCGAUGGAUUGGGAUGUUUUACUUGAGCAAAUGUCUUACUAACACUUGCAAUAGUCAACUAGGAAUCCUUUGAGGCUGAGUAUCUGUGUACUGAAAAGCUGGUUAUUUUUAUGACUGAAUGUCUGUUUUACCGUCUCAAAGCUUACUGACUGACGCAGAAGAAAAUAGGACGGAAGCGAACCUCUUCUAUUCUCUUUUCUAAAUGCUGCGAUUGCAUUUCCCUUUUUCCUAAUCCUCAUGUGAUAUGAAAGAUCAAAACCCCACUGGUUGUCAGGAACUAACAGAGGCAUAUCACCUGUCUCUUUAACCUUUCUUUCACUGCAGUGACAACACUGAGACUGUUGACACAGUGUUCAUGUUCAUUCAUUCACCUUUCCCACUGGUCCCUCGACAUGGUACUGUAGUUAUUUGAAUAUGCCGUAUGCAACCUACUGAAGUCUAGUGCGUGCACACUUAAUUGCAUGUUCUCAAUGCAGAGAAAAACUGUUGUCUUAAAUAACGUAUAGGUCAAUCUAAUGUGCUAUCGAUGGAAUGGUACAACUGUAUGCACUGUGAACUUAAAAAUAAAUUCUAUUCAUGUUAAUGCAA